AUGAAGCCGCAACAGGCGGUUCGGCAACGGGCUGGUGCCCUGGCGUAUGCGUCGGAGGAGCUGCGGGGUGACAAGGAGUUUAUUCUGCAGGCCGCGGUUCGGGAAUCGGGUGGUGCCCUGGCAUAUGCGUCGUGGGAGCUGCGGCGCGACAAGGAGGUGGUGCUGGAGGCCGUGGCGCUCUACGCCGGCAUCCCGGAUCUCUACAAGAGGCCGGCUUUUCUUUCCAAAGAAGCCGACGUAAACUUCAUGGCUGAAUGCCGUGCCGAGGCGGGCACCGGGGUGGUUUUUACCUACUACAAGGACUACAACUGCUUCGAAACGUCGUUCCGUGCUCCUUCUACUUUGGACUCGGAGAUUUAUGUCCCGCCCAGCUUCGCUUUCCUACGUGCGGCUUCCCUGAUUACCUUCGGAACUGUUGUCUCACAGGCCUACGACAAGGUCAUGGAGAUGUUGCGAGAUCCUGAUGCGCAGGGGAGCACGGCCACCGUCUGGUUUGGUGAUGAACUCGUUUUCGGACAUGCUGCAGCUGAUGGCUGGGUUCAUCCGUCCACUGACUGUGGGAGGGAUGAAGUCCCUGUCCCACCACCUGAGUCUCGAGACCAGAAGUGGCAAUCUUCUGUUGACUCGCGCAGCGCCUCCCAGGUUAGCGGCUCAGAGGGCUGCUGCCCAGGCUGGUGCUGCCACUGGCUCCGGGAGGUGCGCCGCCACCAUGACCUCGGCGAAGUCAUCUGCUGCGCCAUUUCGAACAUCUUCUUCCCAGCUUGGGUGCGCGACUAUGGAGCUGGAUCCUCGGAGCUCUCGGACAAGGAUGCCGAGAAGUAUGGGCUUACCAAGGAGAACUUUCGAAAUGGUCGCCCCGAUGGCUGGGGUGAAGGCAAGAUUGUCAUAGAAGGUAGCGAAUUCGAUCGCGCUGCCCCGGUCCACCCUCGGACGCAGCUGCCGCUGGGGGUUGGCUGCCGCUGGGAGCGCCAGGCCCUGGACGGCAUG